AUUCUAUUCAACUUUUGCUUUGUUGGUGAGAUUAUGAUCUCUCCAUUUUUCAACCAGGUGAGUCCAAUUUUCUCUCUCCUCAAAGUUCUUCGUCCAUUUUCUCUUUUCAUUUUCUUUUUAAUUCACUACAAAACUUUUGCAUACUCCAACCAACCCCUUACCAUCACAGACUCUUUCUUUCUCUGUUACAGCCUAUAUUGUCUUCAUCCUUAUCAAAUUGCCUGAUUUUGAAUUUGCUUCGAUUUCGCUUUAUCGGGUUUUCAAAUUUUCUGCAACUUCUUUUCUUUGAACCAUUUGUGCUCGAACCAGAAUCCCUCGGAUAAAAGUCCUCUGUUUCUACUUUUUUUUUUUCUUUUGGAUACUUGGUCGAUGAUCAUCUGAUUGCUUUGGUUUCCAUUUCAUUGAAUUCUUGAGGGUUUCGUUCUCAUUCGAAUCUUCCUUUCCAUUGGAGCAGAUUGGUGAGAGUAUCAGAAGAAAAACAGAGGCUUUGUAAUGGGUCGUGAUGGAUAUAAAUUUGGGGAUAAAAUUAGGAGAUUCUCAGCCAUGUCAAUUAAGGCAUGUUAUAGAUCAGUGUGCAAUCAUCCAUUUCUUGUGGGUAUGGUGUGUUUCUUAAUAUUUUUGUACAGAUCUUUUCCUUUUCUGUUCUCCCUUUUGGUUUCUGCAUCUCCUGUUUUGGUUUCCACUGCUAUUCUGCUUGGGGUCCUCUUGAGUUUUGGGCAGCCUAACAUACCCGAAAUUGAUAAGGAAGAGAAAAUCACCCAUGAGAGUGCUCCCCUCAAAACUGAGGUUGCAAAAGAUACAACACUUGUUGAGAGGGACCAGAGUUUUACCGUGGAGAGAUAUGUGGGAAAAGAGAGAGACGUAGUAGAGGAUGGCUAUGGAGAAACUAGGUUGAGGAAGAGUCUAGUGAGUGAGAUUGAGGAAGAUAACACUUCGGUUGAUGAUAGGCCCUUCAUUGACGAGAGUUCUCGGGAAAUUAAAUUUGAGAAGCGAGCUGUUGAGGAACUGGAGAGAGAGUUUUAUCCGGAAUCAGAAAAGAAUGGUGAAGUUCGUGAGGAGAAACCCAUAAUUGAAGCUUUAACUGAUGGGGAAGUGAUUCAGAAUGAAAAGGUAGCUGAUAAGAAUCUUGAGGUGGAAGAUGAUAGGUUCCGAAAAGAGAUUGUUGAAGCUGAGAAAGAGGAUCCUAUAGACAUUACUUCUCCAGUUUCUCCUUGGAAACCUCUGAGGCCUGAAGAUGACGAUGAUGAUGCUAAUGAUGGUGAUGAAUCCUUGGAUUCUGGGUCUGAUGGUGCAGAGAGCUCCUCGCCAGAUGCUUCAAUGGCGGACAUUAUCCCAAUACUAGAUGAGCUCCACCCACUUUUAGACUCAGAAGCUCCCCAACCUGUUCAUAUGUCACGUGAAGUAGGAUCUGAUGCUGCUUCAGAGGGUCCUAAUGGGAGCACUGAUGAUGGCGAUGAAUCUGAUGUUGAUACAGAAGAUCCGGCAGAAGAAGGUGAGGAAGAUAAUGAUGAUGACGAUGACGACGAGGAAGGAGAAACCCGAGGAGAUAAAGAGGAUGGAAGUAAAUCGGCAAUUAAGUGGACGGAGGAUGAUGAAAAGAAUCUCAUCGAUCUGGGUAGUUUGGAACUUGAAAGAAACUUACGCCUGGAGAAUCUUAUUGCAAGGAGAAGAGCUCGUAAAACCUCGAGAUUUAUCACUGAGAAGAAUCUUAUUGACUUGGAUGGUGCUGACAUUCCUUUUAAUAUUCCACCUAUCACUACCAAGCGUAACCCAUUUGAUGUUCCUUAUGAUUCCUAUGAUGAUUUGGGACCCAUUCCUGGGUCUGCUCCAUCCAUCUUGUUGCCUAGACGAAAUCCCUUUGAUCUUCCAUAUGAUCCAAAUGAGGAAAAGCCUGAUCUCAAGGCAGAUAGUUUCCAAGAAGAAUUCUCUGGGUUCCACCAAAAGGAAUGCAUGUUCCGUAGGCAUGAAAGCUUUACUGCUGGACCAUCAAUCUUCGGGCUUCCUAAGCAAGAGAGACAAGAUGUUAAAUUGAGACCCUAUUUUGUCCCAGAGCGGUUGGCUUCAGAGGGAACAAGCUAUCCCUCAUUUGAAAGGCAACUGAGUGAGGUUAGCGAGUCAAAGGUGAGUUCUGUUCCUGACACUGAGUCAGUAAGUUCUGCUGCAGAGGAGGACAAGAAGCUCAAUGAACAAGAUGUUUCUGAACAAAAUGAGGUGAUGUCUAAUGCAGACCAUUCUUCUGUCCGUGAUGAAAAUAGAAGUCAGUCAUCAGAAGAAGUUGGUUCUGUGGAUAUUGAACAAGCUGAGAAGAGAGAUGUUCACCAUGAUGUGGUAGAAAUAACAUUGGGGGAUAUGGAAACCCAUCAUGAAAUUGAAUCAAGUUUAUCUGAAGCAGUAGCAACCAAUCUUGUUGAACUUGAUUCUUGUUUAGUUAAUUCCAGAAGAGAUCUGGUUGAAGGGGAUUACAGUCUUAGGUCAAGCUUGUCAUCAUUGUCAGGAGUAGAUGAAAAAUUUACUGACAUGAAAACAGUAGCCUCAACAAGUUUGGAGCCAGGUGAUCAUGUUGAGGACUCUAGACUUUCUCCUAAACCUUCCCUUGAGGAGUCAGAGUUUCAUUUUACAAGUGUGGGACCAGAUGACCAACAACACAGAGAGCCUGUUUAUGAUUCAAGCCCCCCGCCAGUUGCAAAGUUCCUAUCCUUUUCUUCCACAUCUUCUGAUUACCAAUUAGAAACGGAUGAAAUGCGAUCUCCUCCAGCAAGGGUUGAUUUGACAGAAAAGGGAUCUGAAAUUUGUUAUGAAGGCACAAAAAAGAAUGCUUUUGAUUUUGAAGAGGUUCAUGCUGCCUCAUCACUGCAUACAAUGGAUGAAACAGAAUCCAUAUCAAGGGAAGUCGUGGAGAAAAACAAGCAUGACUUUUCAGAGGCCGGGUUGUCAAAAAUUGAUACUAGAUUUGAUGGGCAAAAUGGAUUUAUGGUGUCUGAAUCUGUGCUUCAGAAUGUUUCUGUUAAUGCUAGUUCCUCAUCUUCCAAGAAAGAGGGGGACUUAGAUCUUGACCAGGAUCAGGUGCACUUGUCUAGUGUUAACAAUGAGAUGCUGGGCAGGGUCCAUCAAGAGGUAAAUGGGACAUCUGAUUUUUCACAUUCAAGUCAUAAGUUGGCUUAUCAGGAUUCACAUAUGCCUGAAACAGAGAAAAAACAAGCUUCAAUGUUGGCUGAACGCAUCCCAAUGCUGGAGCCUAGUUUGUCUUCUUUAGAUGUGGAUCAUUUGGAGAAGAAUGGAAUGGAUGGGUCAGUUGCAGAAGGCACAUCACGUCCCGGAAAAAUCAAUUUGUCUAAACAGAUUCAAACAUUUUAUAGCUUUGAUACAGAUGUCUUUGUUUGUGACCACGAGCAUGUUGAUAAAGAGCUUUCAUCAUCAGCUUCAUUUAUAUCUUCUGGUGAUUUAACAUUGUCUGCAAAUGAGCAACAGCCACCAUUGGCAGCCAAGCAAGUUUCAGAUGGUCACUCCAACUUGUUUUCUUCGGAGGUUCAACAUCCUGAGGUGUACUCAUUAGGUAAGGAAGAUGUUCUUCAGUUUAGAUCAGAUCAAGCCCAAUCAUCAAACUCCGAUGAAAAGAUUGACUCUCAUGUCUACCAAAAUAUGGAUGUGAAAGUGGUUUCUGUUGAUAGCAAUCAAUAUGCACAUUCUAAAGAGAAUUAUCAAUCUAAAUUAGAGAAACGGCUCUCCUGGUCAGAUAAAUCUGUGGUGGAACCAUUCAUCUCUGAUAACCUCGAACACCAAGAGACAUCAACUUCCCUGAUUGGAUCUGCUGACGGAGUAAACUCUACGAGCAAUGCCAAUUUACAAGAAAUCCAUGAUCCUGAUAACAGAAUUUUAGCAAAUUUAUCACAAUUAACUUCAGAUUUAAUGUCAUCACCAUUGGGGAGCCCUGAAUACAAAUCACCUUCUGCAGGAGAUGAUAUGAGUGUUGAAAUCCUUGAUGGAAUUGUCUACGAGGACUGCAGUUGUGGUUCAGAACCCUUGGCCUGUUCAGAAGAACAUGAUUCUCAUGUUGCUGAUGGAAAUAUUCAUGAAGAGCCAGACGAGAUCAAGGAGAUUGAUGAAGGAUUGUUGUCAGAACUGGAUACAAUUGGGGACUUCAGCGUGAAGGAAGUUGUAGGUGAGUCAAUGGACGAUCAGCUUUUAUCAGAGGGGAGAAAUUUUGGGAAUCCUGAAUUUGGGUUCUCACUGGAAGACUCAACCCUGAAAGAAAAAAAUAUGGAGCUUCCUGCACUUGAAGUGAGAUCUGUUGAAGAUAUUGACUCAGCUUUUAGACAGAUUCAUGAGGGAGCUGAUGUCGAGGAAGUCAUCCUUCCCAGCAUGGUUGAGGAUCAGCUAGCUGCAGAUAAAUUGAAAGAUGCCGUGGAUGUCAAAUCAGAAUUGCCAGUAGUUGAAGCAAGAUCAUUGGAAGAUAUGCAUAUUGUUUUGAAGCAGGUCUUAGAAAGUCAUGUAGAUGAGCUGCUAAAACCAUCGGGAUCAAUGGAUGAGGCUUCAGAACAAGGAGUCAAUUAUUCCCAUCAAAUCAUGUCAGAGUUUCCUGUUGUUGAAGCUAGGUCAGUGGAUGAUAUGCAUACUGUAUUGAAGCAGGAAUCAGAAGGAAACAUGGGUGGGCUUCCAGAAGUAGAAGCCAACAAUCAUGUGGUAGUCGAGUCAGAGUUACCCAUUGUGGAAGCAAGAUCUCUCGAAGAUAUACAUAUCACCAUGGAGCAGGUAGCAGCGGGCAAACUCGAUGAGCUGCCAAAAUUCUUGGAGAAGGAUACUCCAGCAGGGGUUGAAGCCAAGAAUGAGGUAUCUAGGAAAGACAUUGAAUCUAGCAAUGCAGAAUCAAACAUCAAAGAGAGCACUCCUCCUAUAGAUGAACAAAAACUUGGUUCUGAAGAAACAUCUGAAAUUUUGAGUUUGAGCAAAUCUGACGGAAGUAAGGAGAAGGGAAAAUCUGUUAGAUCUAGUUCCAGUUCCAGCGCCAGCUCGGACUCCAGUUCUAGUGAUUCUGAUUGAAAAAAAGCUUAUGGUUUUCCUCCUGGAUGAAGGGUGUUUGGUAUUUUAACAUCUCAUUUUGAUUUUUUUUCCUAUUUAGGGUAAUUGAGUCUUUUGAUUGAUUGAUUUCUUCAAGAAUGAGUUUUGGUUUGAUUUCUUGAAGUGUGAAAUUUUUGUUGCUCUAUUUCACUCUUGGAGAGGGCAGUUUCAAGGGUUUAUAUAUAUAUAUAUAUAUAUAUAUUAUGUAUGAGAGAGAUUGGUUUUGAUCCUUGCAUAUUGUAAAUUACUAUAUUUUGGUUUUCGAAGUGGGAGUUUCUAGA